CAGCAGUGUGAACAAAUUUAAAAUCAUUUGUAUUCUUUUUCUAGCUACAACGACGAGUACUACAUCAACAACAGCGUCAACGACCACUAGUACUACAACAACAUCCAGAACCACAUCAACUACCUCCACAACGGCUACCACAUCAACAACUACAACGACGAGUACUACAUCAACAACAGCGUCAACGACCACUAGUACUACAACAACAUCCAGAACUACAACGACGAGUACUACAUCAACAACAGCGUGUUAUUUUAGCAACAACGGCUACUACAGCAACUAGUACGACCAGUACAAGUUCUUCAACUACAACAUCCACAACUGCAACAACAGUGGUAACAACAACAACAGUGGCAACAACAACAGUGAGAACAACAACGAUAUAUGUGCCUCCGGGUGAACUACCAAAACAUGGGCAUUCAAUAUUCCAGAAUUCUUGUACAUCGUCCCUCGGUGGUCCAAUAACAUUGCUGUAUAUGUCAAAUGCCGCUGCAUUUGCUUACACAUAUCACUCUUUUAAUUACGUAGCCACAUCAUAUCAAGCAACACUUUCGUUAGCAUUUCGUCAAGAUCCAAGCUAUUGGUGUGUGGAUGAUAUUGCCGUUACGUAUAGUGGCGUUAAUUCAUUUCAAAACGGUGGAUUUGAAACAGGCUCAUUAGGUUCAUAUUAUACAUUUUGUAACCCUCAAACUGCAUCAUCAUCGGGAACAGUUUCAACCGCAUGUCCUCACACAGGAUCUUAUAGUUAUUAUGACGGAUCUGUUACAAAUCCCGAUUAUAUAAGUCAAACAUUUGCCGUUGUAUCUGGUCGAACAUACGUUGUCGGCUUUUGGAUUCGAAACAUGGGUGGACCGACAAAUAGUGCUACGAUCAUUAUUGGUACUUAG